AUGGACUCUGAGCGGGAGCAAAUUUGUAGACUUAUGAACUGCGAGAAGCUUUCAUUAGAAGGCAGCACCCAUGCAGCACUGAAUGAGAGGCUACCUCUCAGAGUGAUUGUCGAUGUCGUAUUCUUUGAACAACUUAGACUUCGUACUUCAAUCUCUGGUUGGUUUUUCGUCAAUGACAACCUUGAGAACUCUCAAGAUCACAGUGGGGUCCUUGCACUGUCCAACAAUAGUAGGGACACUGCACAAGACAGAGGAUCAGGCAUGAAAUAUAUGAAGAAGCAUGUUUCCGAGCCUGAACAGGUGUGCCAGAGCAUGAAGUAG